AUGCAAACUGACAACAAAGAAUAUGCCCGAAAGUGUCGCGAAUGCCAGAUCCACGAUCAUGCCAUCCACGCACCAGCAGUGGAGUUACACUCCACGGAUGCUCCCUGGCCAUUCCAUACUUGGGCCAUGGAUCUAAUAGGUCCAAUCUCACCCAAGUUUAGAAAGAAAAAGUGGAUACUGGUGGCAACAGAGAUUUAUACCAAAUGGGUAAAGGCAGCGACCUUGUCGGUGGCAAUCGGACAGGUCGUGGCAAACUUCAUGAAAGAAAACAUCAUAUGUCAUUUCGGUGUACCUCAGGUCAUUGUAUCGGAUAACGGAACCCCUUUUGUUAACAGUAAGCUGCCCCUUGCGCUUUGGGCAUACCGAACAACUGUAAGAGGAGCCACAGGUUCUACGCCCUUCUCCCUAGUAUAUGGCAUAAAAGUGAUACUUCCAAUUGAGAUAACGGUCCUUUCAGGGAACCUAUCCGGGCGGAGUAAGCUGCAGUUCGACCCCAGGAUCGGGGAGCUUGAGGGACUCCAGGAACAGAGGGAGCACGCCAGGAACAAAAUCGUGGUUUACCGAGGAAGGAUAGCUCGAGCCUACAAUGCUAUUGUUCGGCCUCAAGUUCUUCAAAAGGGAGAUCUAGUUUUGAGGACCGUGGUUCAUGUGAUGCGGAACUUAUCUGCAUCAAAGUUCACCCCAAAGUGGGAACGUUCGUUCGACGUCAAAGCUACAGGUUCCAGUGGAAACUAUGAAAUCGGAAGAAUAGGCAGCCGCAAAAUAUUGGGAACAUUCAAUGCCAAAUGGCUAAAAAAGUACUAUUCCUGA